AGAAACCUAUCUUCAUAUCUCUCUCUCUAACUCGAGAUUAAUUGGGAUUAAGAAAAUGCCUUCAAAUCUUAUACUACAAAGAAUCAAGGAUACCCCUACAACCACCGCCGCCGCUGCCGCAUAUAAACAAGCCCAACAGCACCAAAGAUGGACGCCGUGCACCACCGAAGUCCCCGACCAUAUAGCCCGCUACCACACCCACACAGUUAGCCCUUACCAGUGCUGCUCCGCCGUGAUUCAAGAAAUCUCGGCCCCCGUCUCCACCGUCUGGUCCUUCGUCCGUCGCUUCGACAACCCGCAGGCCUACAAACACUUCGUCAAGAGCUGCAACGUCAUUGUCGGAAACGGAAACGUUGGUACUCUCCGGGAGGUCCACGUCAUAUCGGGUCUCCCAGCCGUCAGCAGCACUGAGCGCCUCGAGAUCCUCGAUGACGAACGUCAUGUUAUGAGCUUUAGCGUCGUUGGUGGCGAUCACCGCCUUGCGAACUACCGCUCCGUCACCACCCUCCACCCGGUGGCCAACGGCGGCGGAGGCACGGUGGUCAUUGAAUCAUACGUUGUCGAUAUACCACAAGGUAACACCAGGGAAGAAACAUGCAUUUUCGUGGACACUAUUGUUAAAUGUAACCUCCAAUCCCUAGCUCAAAUCGUCGAGGAUAUUGCCAGACGAAACAUUUCCUCAGAGAGAACUCUAUAAUUAUACAUAUAUAAGUUAAACAACCACGUUUAGUAAAUUAUUUAUCUCUCUAUAUAUACAUACAUAUAAACAUAGUUAUGUGUGCAUAUAUAGAGUUGUGCAAUGAUUUUCUCAUCAAAUAUAUCGAUAAAUCAAAACCCAUUUUGGGGUUUAGAGGAACAAAUCACAAAUCUUGUUGAUCUUCGACUAUACAUGUGUAUGUAUGUAACAUGUUGGAUGUCUGGUUUUUAUUGUUCAGGGAACAUGUAAUAAUUUUUUCAAGGUUGUGGAAUUUGUUAUUUUUGUCUUCUAA